AUGGCAAAGACCAUCGCUAAAGAUGAACUUAAGAUGAGUAGUACUAGUAGUAGUAAUAGUAGUAAUAGUAAUACUACGUUAGGAGGAUUCUUUCGCCGCCUUUUACCUCUCCAUGCUCUUCCCAAUGGCCUCCCUCCACAACAGAUGAAAGAGGAGUUAAAAUCCUUGGCGAGGUUUGCAGGCCCCAUAAUAAUGACGUCUUUUCUAAUAUACUCAAGGUCGGUUGUUUCAAUGCUGUUCUUAGGUCAUCUGGGAAAAGCAGAACUAGCUGGUGGUUCACUGGCACUUGGAUUUGGAAACAUAACGGGGAUAUCGAUUCUGAAGGGCCUAUCGACAGGGAUGGAUCCAAUUUGCUGCCAAGCUUUUGGAGCAAAGAGAUGGUCAGUUCUGAGUCAAACCUUCCUUAAAACGUUGUGCCUCCUGCUACUUGUGUCCGUGCCCAUCUCCAUCUUAUGGCUGAAUAUGGAACCCAUCCUUCUUUGGUUAGGUCAGGACCCUGCCAUCGCUCAGGUAGCUAAGGUAUACAUGGUUUUCUCCAUCCCCGAAUUGUUAGCUCAAGCGCACCACCUCCCACUUAGGAUUUUCUUAAGAACCCAAGGCAUUACCACCCCAAUUACAGUAGCCUCCGUUUGCUCUGCCCUUUUACACCCUCCUAUUAAUUACUUUCUGGUGACAUAUUUGAAGUUGGGGGUCGAAGGCGUGGCCCUCUCACUCGCAUGGAACACAUUGAACCUAAAUGUGGGCCUCAUGAUUUACCUUGCGCUCUCUAGUAAACCCUUGAAACCUUGGCAUGGGGUCACAAUACUGUCAACUUUCCAGGGAUGGCAACCUUUGUUAAGUUUAGCAGUGCCAAGUGCAAUAUCAGUGUGCUUGGAGUGGUGGUGGUACGAGAUAAUGUUGUUCCUUUGUGGUCUAUUGAAUAACCCACAAAACACUGUGGCGGCCAUGGGUAUUCUCAUCCAAACCACUGGAAUGUUGUAUAUAGUUCCAUUUUCUUUAAGCGCAGGAAUUACAACCCGCAUAGGCCACGCCCUCGGGGCAGGGGAACCUAUCCGUGCCCAGUGGACUGCCAUCAUAGGACUUUCUACGGGAUUGGCUUUUGGACUAACUGCUUUCCUUUUCAUGACCUCUGUGAGAUCAGUAUGGGGAAAACUGUACACAGAUGAGCCAGAGAUUCUUCACAUGAUCUCCUCUGCACUACCAAUAUUGGGUCUGUGUGAAAUUAGCAACUCUCCGCAGACCGUCGCUUGUGGGGUUUUAACAGGGACUGCAAGACCCAAACUAGGCGCAAGAAUAAAUCUAUAUGCGUUCUACUUCAUUGGGCUCCCCGUUGCGGUCCUCUCUACUUUCACCCUCAAAACUGGCUUUUUGGGAUUAUGGUUUGGACUAAUGACUGCCCAGAUUUCCUGUUUGUGUAUGUUGGUGCGUACAUUACUUCGAACAGAUUGGAUCCAACAAAGUGCCAGGGCCGUGGAGUUGGCUGCAACUGUGGGAGAAGAGACUGCCAAAGAAGAGGAGGAUGUCGAAAGUGGGCUCUUAGAUGAUAAUGCAGAUCUCUGA